AUGACUAUCACCCUGCAGGACAUGGCCUAUCAGUUGAGACUCAAGAUUAACGAUUAUUAUCCUGUGAGUGGAUGCAUAGGUGGGUGGGAGCAGCAUCAUCAGGGACGGACCAUUGAGGAGUUAUGUGAGCAGAUUCUGGGUGUUGUUUUCGGCCCAGAGGACAGACAGUCACAGACGAAGUGGACCGUGAAGCUCACUUGGUUCCACAACAUGGUUUGUGGAGAGUUGGAGCAGGACGCCACUGUAGAGCGCCUGAUGAGGUACACGAGAGGAUACAUCAUGCAGUUGAUAGGGGGUAUCAUCUUCCCAGUUGCAUUUGACUUUCGGGUGCAUAUCAGGUGGCUUCCUUUGCUGGAGGACCUUGAUACAUGUGGCCGGUUGUCAUGGAGUUCGGCUGUGUUGGAAUGGCUGUGGGUUCAGUACCAGCCUAACAAUGUCACAGGCGAGAGCAGGUUGAGGCAUUACAGGCGUACCCUGAACGGGAUUGGGAUGCAAAAUGAACUGCCGCUAACUCUUCAACCGUGA